AUGGAGGACGACGAUGAGCUUCCAAUCCUCACCGUAGUCUCUAGUUCCGCUCGCCAGCUCUACCUCCUCCUCCGCUGCGUCAAUUUCUCCGAGAAAGCCCAUGUCCAGAUCAGCGACGAAGGCCUCAAAUUCUCUGUUGAUGAAGCUAGCGUCAUGGAAGGCUCCGCCUUCCUCGACAAAUCCCUGUUCACCUCCUACACUUACCGUUCCCCUCCACCGCAACGCUCUCAGCACGCCGACUCCGACGAAGAAGACUCAGAAAUCACCACCAACCCAACGUUCCAGAUCUCGCUCCCCUCACUCCUCGAAACGCUCCAAAUCUUCGGCCUCACCGACCCUAAUAACUCGAAACCCCCAUGGGCACGUGACAACCUUACCAGCACAGCUUUCUCCAACAACGUACUCGGCAUGAACAACAUGUGCCGAAUCAGCUACUCUAGUUUCGGUGCUCCUCUCGCAGUCGUCCUCACUGAAGCCACGAUCCGAACAACCUGCAACCUCACCACCUACGAGCCCGCCUUCGCCGACGAAAUCCCCUUCGACCGCCAAUCCCUCGCCUUCAAGACCAUCAUGCGCGGAACCUGGCUCUUCGAUGCAAUAUCCGAGCUCGGGUCCACCAAUCCAGAGCGCCUUACCCUCGUCGCCCGCGUGGCCCGCGGGAAACCGUACUUUGCGCUCUCUGCCUCUGGCCCUCUCGGCUCCGCGCGCGUCGAAUUCAACAACAACCACAACCACAACCCCGUACAUUCAUCCCGCGCUGCAGCCCCCACAGCCCCUUCAGGCACUGAGCCCACAGACCCGCCGGCUCCAACCAACCUCCUCGAAACCUUCCAACUCAGCACCCCGGACACUCCACUCCGCUCCUCCUACAAAUUCGCUCUCAUCCAGAAAGCCGCGCGCGCUAUGAGUGUCGCCACAAAGGUUAGUAUACGGGCUGAUACGCAGGGUGUAUUGAGUUUGCAGUUUAUGAUUGAGGUGGAGAGUGGAAAGGUUAGUUUCGUGGAUUUCAGAUUUGUGCCGUUAGUGGAGGAUGAGAGUGAGACGGGAGAAGACGGUGAGCGUAUGGAGACCAUCUUGGGGGAUGGGGAGGAGGGAAGUGGAAGUGGGGGUGGGACGGAGGAUGAGGGUGAAGGCGAGGAGAUGUAA